GAGUAAAUGUCUACAAUGAGCAGUUUGGCACAACACUGCUAACCGUGGGGGUUCAUACAGCUGAGAUCAUGAGUGUAAAUGAUACUGCCCCUCAGGCAGGUUAUCUGUGAACACAGUUAACUGUGAGACAGACAGGGACGUCCCACAAUGCAGUUCCACCAUACCUUAUUUAGAACAGGAUGUACAGAUGAGUUCACCUGAGUAACUAAAGGAAAGGUAGGUUCUCCAUCCAGCCCUGAGAGAAGUUCCAGCUCUGAGGAGAGAGAGGAGAUUUCUGAGGAUUAUUAUGGGGUUUAUUCUCUGUUAUAUGGAGACUUUAAGGAGUGUACGGCUGGGGGUUCUUCUCCUUCUACUGCAGGUACUCUCCUCCAGCUUUGCUGAACUGACGCCGUGUAUAAACGGAUUUGAUUCAGAGGUGUUCAUUUUUAAAGUGCACAGACCUCACCUUCACAGAGGCAGGAAGCUGGGCAGAGUUCUCUUCAACGACUGUGCUGGUAGAGGGUAUAACAUUUACAGCUCUACUGACCAGCACUUUCAGGUGGAUGUUGACGGCACAGUGGAACUGAAGACACAGCUCACUCUACACCAAGUUCAAGAAUUCUCAGUCCAUGCCUGGGAUUCAGAGGGAAAGAGGUACACUGCUUCUGUGAGAGUGGAAAACCAUCACCAUGCCCAGCAGGAGGAAACUAAGAACAUGAAUAUAAAUGUUCUGAAGUUGUGGAGACAAAAGAGAAGAUGUAUGUUGAUUCCACCACUCUCUGUCCCAGAGAACCAAAAUGUCCCAUUCCCCAAGCUGAUCGCAGUGUUUAAGUCAGCUUUUGCGAAGGAAAAUACGAUGAUCUACAGCAUGAAGGGUGAAGGAGCAGACGAGCCUCCAGUGGGGGUUUUCAUCAUUGAUAAAAACAAUGGUGCACUCUAUGUAACAAAGCCUCUAGACAGAGAGACCAAAGAUAAAUAUGUGCUUACGGUUCAUGCUGUUGCAGCUAAUGGUGAGGUUGAGGAAGAAACUACGGAGAUUUUCAUUGUUGUAAUUGAUGGAAACGAUAAUAAGCCCAUCUUCACCCAAAACCCUUUCCUUGGCAGUGUUGCAGAAGCUUCACCUCGAGAUUUUGAGUUCAUGGUAGCGAAUGCUACAGACGCAGACGAUCCUGACAGUGACCAUGCAGACAUCAGAUACUCCAUCAUCAGCCAGACUCCACCACAGCCAGAUCCAAACAUGUUCAUCAUUAACCCGAUUACUGGAGGGAUUAGAGUGAACUCUGAUGAACUGGACAGAGAGACUUAUCCUGAGUACAUCUUGCUGAUCCAAGCUGCAGAUAUGAUGGGUGAUGGCCUCGUCACCACUGGAACAGCUGUUAUUACUGUAACUGAUAUCAACGACCACGCACCACAGUUUGAAAAGACCUUGUACACUGCAUCAGUCCCGGAGAAUAAAGUAGGAUCUGUGGUGGUGAAGAUACCAGUGACUGAUGGAGAUGAUCCUCAGACUCCUGCCUGGACGGCCAACUUCAGGAUCUUUAGUGGAAACAGUGGUGGAUUUUUCAGCAUUAGCACAGGACCCAACAAACAGGAGGGCAUCAUUACUACUGUUAAGCCAUUGGACUUUGAACAGACCAACAAGUACACUCUGCUGGUGAUCACAGAGAAUGAUGUUCCAUUUGCCAAACCCCUCCCUACAUCCACUGCUACAGUCAUCGUGAAUGUUCAGGAUGUAAAUGAGGCGCCAGUGUUCGACCCAGCGGAGACCAUCAUUUCUAAACCUGAAGAUCUGGAAGUUGGUACUGAACUAACCGUUUACACCGCCACUGAUCCAGACACAGCGAGAGCUCAUACAGUGACAUACCGUGUAUCUAAUGAAGAUCGUUCUGGCUGGGUGAGUAUUGACCGAGACACUGGACUGAUCAGAGUGAAGAGCUCCAUGGACAGAGAAUCUCCUUUAGUGAAAGAUGGGAAAUUUAAAGUUCUGAUCUUGGCUGUGGAUGAUGAUGAAGUUCCAGCUACAGGUACAGGAACCCUGGUGAUCGAGCUGGAAGAUGUGAACGAUAACGCUCCCGUUAUUGAAGAGAGGGAGAUCACAGUGUGCAGUAAGAACUCUGUUCCAGUCUCACUCUCUGUAACAGAUGAGGAUGGGUCUGGUUUUGCUGCUCCGUUCACUGUUGAACUCCAUGAAGAGAGCAGGAAUAACUGGACUGCUGGGAUGGACGACUCAAAUACUAAAAUUCUACUUACGCUUAAGACUGCAAUACAACAGGGAAAAUACAGUGUGGUUCUGAGGGUGUAUGAUUCCAGCCUCCACAGCCAAGACAGCACUAUCAUUACCACUGUAUGUGACUGCACUGGAGAGGACGUCUGGUGCUCAGACAGGGAAAUUUCAGGCUUCGGCCUAUCACCCAUCCUUGGAAUUCUGGGGGCUUCACUGGCUUUGCUAAUUCUGGUCCUAUUGCUACUCCUGUUCCUGAGGAAGAAGAGAUCAGCAUCCUUUUUUGAUGAUAACCUGAAGGCGGCUGAUGACGACCCCAAAGCUCCACCUUACGACUCUCUGCUGGUGUUUGACUAUGAAGGGGGCGGUUCAGAGGAUGGCAGUAUCAGCUCUCUGAACUCCUCAGACUCUGGAUGAUCGGGGUCCACGCUUUAAGAAGCUCGCUGACGUGUACGGAGGAGGAGAUGAGCUGUGAGGGGAUUACUGCAGAUAAAUCCAUCACUCAGAAUGAUGCACAUGGAUUAAUAAAUGCAUUGAUAUAUGUAUUAGUGCCACAUAAAAAGAGGCAGUUCUGCUGUGUAAUAUUAUACCGGUGCCAAUGAUUGUGAGAAAUUACAUUUGCAUUAAAUUCUGAACAAAAAUUACAAUUACAUUCACAUGCACUGGUAAAUAGAAAACAAAUGUAUAGCUACUGUAACUGUUUUGGCAAAAAUGUGAAGUAUAUGCAUAUGUUUACUUUGGGGCAAAAGUAGGCUUUUUGAUAGCUUUAAAGAUCUUUUGUGCAUUUAUACACAUACAUUUAACAGUCAGUGAUCAAUAAUCUUCUGAACAUUUUGUUCUAGCUUAUUUUAUACGCCUUUUCUAAAAUUCCUGCCAUUUUUUUGAACAGUGUAGAAAAGCAUUGUGGUGUAACCAUUUUUUAUUUUGUGUGUUAUUUUUAUAUAUUACAUACAAAACAUUUUAUAUUAUAUAUUACUCUUUAUUACUCAUUCUGUUUAACUUUUUGGAUGAUGGAGCUGUAUCUGUCUGUAAUGAGAGCCAGUGAAACACAGUUAUUAUAUUAGAGUGUGGGGCUGUGAGGUUAAUCAAAAUAUCAAUUUGAUUAAUGGAAUUGUUUUCUUAAUGUAAUUUUUAAAAUGUGAUAAUGGAGAUUGUACAUCUUUACAUAUAUUUACAUAUUUUACUAUUUUCCUUAACUGAAAAAAACAUUUGUAAAAAAAAAAAAAAAUGAAAUGAAAUGUAAAAGGAAACAAUAGCUUGUGUACAACUUUAAAUGUUAAUGUUUUAUUUUCUAAAACCCAUCACAUAUUUAAAGCAAAGAAUUAAAGCUAGUCUUGAUCUGCACAGCAUUUUAAAACAAUGUUAGAGAUUUUCUACUGAAAACUUACCCUCAACAUUUUAAGGAUAGUGUGUGUGGUUUUACAUUAUUAAAUAUAAUCAUUGCAAAAACACAAAACUUUAUUGUUAAAAAGUAAACAAAAUAAAAAAUAAAUAUUCUUCAUAUUC